UUUUUUCGCAACAAUUUUUUGUAUUUACAUAAAUACUGAUUACUGAAUAUCCGAAAAAUGUAUCAUCCGGCCAGAAAAAAGUUGAUUGAUUUUUAUUUAUCAAUUCUUUUAAUUGUGAGCAUAACAAGGACCGAAGCUAGAUCCUUUCAGAUGACUGCAAAUGCUAAAACGAAUGACGAUAAUUUGGAUAAUAACUUAAUAGAUUUCGAAGAAGACAACACAUUCAAAUUUAAUAAAAAGUACGGUAUAACGUCGUGGCACGAUGACGAAUAUUUCAAUAAAAAAACACACAGAUACACUAUUGUUAAUGACAUUGGCGAAAAAAUAUUCGAAAGUAAAAAUAAAGCAAAGAAUAUUAGAAAUAACGAUGCUACUACUACAGAAGAUUACAGAGUGAUCCCACUGGAAUUAAUUACUACGACUGAGAAUACGUUGAUAAGUAUUAUUGAAAGUACUACAGAACAAGAUUUGAGUGUUAUUCCUUUGUCCACAACCGCAAAAGUACCUAAUAUAACAAUAACAGACUCAAUAACAUUACCUGUAUCUACAGACUACCCUGAAACUACAACUAUUGAAAAAAUUGAAAUUAUUGAACAAGAAAAAGAAAUUUCGAAGGAAAUAGAAGUACAUCUCAACAAUGAAACUACUAAAUUUCCGUUUGAAACAACAAGUGAGGUUACUUCGGAAAGUGAUGAAGUUAAUGUUUCAACUGAGAGCUUUGAUGAAACGACGCUCAUAGAACAAAUAUCGAAAGAAAAUUACAACAAUUCUAAAGCACUAACUGAAAUUUAUAAAUCUACAGAAGAUUCAGUGAUUAAUACUACAGAAGAUACUAAUUCUAAUGUAACAGAUAUUAAUUUUGAGCUUUUAAACACUACAAAAUUGGAAAUAAAAAAAACGAAUGAAAGCAGAAUAGAAGAAAGUAGAGAAACCGAUGCAGAUGUACCAAUAUUUACAGAAUUAGACGCCGAAGAAGAAAUAGAAGUUCCAGAGGAUUAUUAUGAUACUAAAGAUGUUGUACCUACUACGGCUCCAAGGACCGAUGCGUUAUCAGUUAUAUUUGGACUUGCAGGGAGCGUUGUGGAGAGUGUAGUAGAGACUGUAGCAGAAAGGGUUGUCCCGAAGAGCGUUUUCGACUUGUUUAAGAGAAUGCAGAGGCAGAGCGAAGCUUUAGAAUCUGAGCGGCUGAGGAGUAAAGAGGAGAAUGGUGGCAUAGGUCAAUUCACCCGGGGCAUCAUCAAAACGAUAUCAACAGGUAUCUCGAGACCGCUCAGUCAGUUGAUGGCUGGAGCUAGAGAUAUAGGAUCUCUGGACACAGAUCGGGGAUUCGUUUCCAGUUUGGCAUCAGGAGUGACCAGUGUUGCCAACGUUGCCAACUCACUUGUCGAUACUUUCAAGGAUCGGGUGCAAGCUAUCUAUCCAGGGACGGUGUGGUGUGGCGACGGAAGGUCCGCGGCCGCGCGCUCUGGUGACCUUGGCCUCUUCUUCUUCACGGACACGUGUUGUCGGCAGCACGACGCCUGCAAGCUGUACAUCAAGGCUGGAGACUCUAAGUACGGCCUGACCAACACCGGACUCUUCACAAGGUCGCACUGUAGCUGCGACGUGAAGUUCCGGGAGUGUCUGAGGCGCACCAACUCGCUGGUGUCGGCCCAGAUAGGGCUGACGUACUUCAACGUGCUGGGGCCGCAGUGCUUCAGGCGGGCUCACCCUAUCGUGAGGUGCGCGAGGAGGACGCGCAUCACUGGGCAGAGAUGCGAAGAGUACGAGUUAGACUUCACCAAGCCCAGGAUGUGGCAGUGGUUUGACAACGAGACAUUUUAA